AUGGAGGAACUAUUUGAGACAGCUUGCAGCAAUAGUGACAUCCGAGGAGCUGUUCUGGUCGCCGCCAGUGCUGAUGACACCUUUCAAUAUCAACAAGCUUUUGGCCGUGCCUCUUCCGAGAGUGACCUCACCCUGGAGUCAACUUUUUGGAUAGCAUCAUGUUCAAAGCUAGUGACUUCCAUUGCCGCGUUGCAGUGCGUUGAAAAAGGCCUGGUCAAACUCGACGAUGACGUGACAUCAAUUCUCCCGGAGAUUAAAGAUAUCGACAUCCUCAGGGGGUUCGAUGAAAGCUUGGGCAGGCCAAUACUGGGGAAAUGCCAGAACACAGUCACGCUCCGUGGACUUUUGACACAUAGUACGGGUUUGGGUUAUGCUUUCUCGAAUCCACUAUUGAUACGCUGGCGUGCAUAUCAAAACAAAUCAACAGCGCUUCCAGCAUCUGAGUUUGAGAAAAACUAUUUUAUGCCGCUUCUUCACGAGCCAGGCGAGUCUUGGGUGUAUGGCACUGGCAUCGAGUGGGCAGGUAUCCUCAUUGAACGGAUUGUCGGCACCAAUCUUCAGUCCUACUUGCAACAACACGUGUGGGAUCCUGUAGGCGUCAAGGACAUGACUUUUCAUCUGGAGCAACGCCCCGAUAUCCAAGCAAGACUCUCUUGCAUGAGCGUUCGCUUAUCUAGCAGCAAAAUUGAUUGGACCACGGAGCGGGUCGUCCCCGAUCCCAUUCAUCAUGAACUUGGUGGCGUUGGGAUAUAUUCGACGGCGCUAGAUUAUCUCAAGAUUAUGAAGUCCAUCCUUGCCAAUGAUGGUCGCUUACUUCAAGGCCAGACUGUGGAUGAAAUGUUUCGGCCUCAGCUGACUUCCAAUUCUGCGAAAGCCUUAUGUGAUCUUGUCGCGGCCAAGGAGACCAGCACUGGCUUCGGCGUGCCUCAAUGUGUAUCCGUUGACCACGGGCUUGCCGGAAUGCUCAUUUUGGAAGACAUUCAAACUGGCCGGAAGAGUGGUAGCAUGAGUUGGGGUGGGUACCCAAAUUUGAAGUGGUGGAUUGACAGGAAGACAGGACUUUGCGGGUUGUAUGCCAGCCAGCUGAUUCCCCCUGGAGAUGCAAUGUCGGUCAAGAUGUAUGAGAUCUUUCAGGCCGAGAUGUACAAGCGUUUUAGCAUGCGACAGUAA